CCGGAGUUCUCUCCAUAACAGUUCGAAACAUUUUAACGUUUUCUUUAAUACUCAGACUACUAACAUUAGACAUCCGUUGCACGGUAUUUUUUAUCCAUAGCAGUUGAAACCAUGGCUAUUUGUAGACGUUUGAAGCGGCCAAAUUAAAGCUUAACGUCGCGUACAGAAAAUGGUGCUGAAGUCUGGAGCUUCUUCUUUUAUGUCUUUGUUGUUGUUACUUGUAGUGUUUGCAGCUAUGCGGCUGUUUGCGGAAACAUUGUCUUCUUCACAAAUUUUGACAAUCUUUGGCGGAUUUUCCGGCAGUUUUGUCUUCGUUCUAUUAAUAACGUUUGUAAAUAAUUUCGAAAGGACACUUUUUGGUGAUGAGUUCUGCUCCAAAGUUUUCCCUGAAGUGGUCAUAUGUAUUUUUAUUGCCUGUUCCUUCUCUGCGACUAUACAUCGCGUGUGCGGCACGACAUGUUUCAUAUUUUCGCUGGUGAUGCUGUAUUAUCUGAGUCGCAUUUCUCAUGAAGUUUAUCAAAGUAACGAGCAAGUCACCACAAGUAACUCAUCAAGGAAGAAAAAAGAAUGAAAUUCCCGAUUUCUUUCCAGCUAAUGUGCUUUUGUAUUCGGGCUGUAAAGUUGCAAUAAAUAUUCUAAUUUUCUU